AUAUUGAAAAUUAACACGACGUUCUGAACUUUCAGAUUACUGUCCAAUGCUCAACUUAAAGACUGGAAGCAUUGACGUCAGACUUUGUCCAGAAAACGCAGUCUUUCCAAGUGGACACUAUCUUUCCAAUACAGUCUACAAAUAUCCUGCUUGUCUUCAGAGGAAAACAGAUUUUACUACCCACGCUCCAAGGAAAACUGCGGCAUCACUUAACCAGGAGGCAAACGACAGUCCGAAGAAUACUGAAGAUCUAGCAGACAACAACAUCAAUAUGGUUACUCUACUGUCCACGUUUAUUGGAAUCAUUCUAACUGCCGCUGUCUCUGUUGUUGUACUGCUAGUUUAUAUACGAGGACAAAAAGAAAAUGCUUUUCUUGAUAAGACGGUGACUAAAGAAAGUGUAUAACAAGGAACAAUGUUCAGUGAUUUUAGUGUAGCAUCUCUGCUCUGUGGAUAGAGUUGGCCAGUAUACUGUAUAAGUGAAAUUUUAGCGAGACGCAAAUUUAGCGAUUUCUUAUUUUAAAAAAAUUGGUAUUUCAUUUUUAGCGAUAAGUAAUUUUAGGAUUUUGAAAUGCUCACUUAAGAAGCUAUUACAAAUUGAACCCUAUAAAAUUUUAGCGAUAUUCAAUUUUUGCAAAUCA